AUGGAACGUCCAUCGCUUAAACACAAUCUGAGAAUGAAUCGAAAAACAAUUGAACACCCGAUGAAGGCGCAAAAUAUGCGUGAAUUCUGUCUUCAUACUGUUGAAAUGGGAGUCGCCGGUCUGAUCAAAGAAUUUUACGAAAUCAAAGCAACGAGUGUACCAACGGUAAAGUUGAGUAAAGUAGCGUUCGAUAAAAAUAAGGACAAAAAUAGAUACAAAGAUGUGUUUUGCAUUGACGGUACUCGAGUGAAAUUAACGUAUCCAAACGAUGAAAACGAUUAUAUUCAUGCGAAUUAUGUUGCCGUGAGAGAGAAUAAGAAACGUUUCAUUUGCACACAGGCACCAAAAGACAACACCGUUGAGGAUUUCUGGCGUAUGGUAUGGCAAGAGAAAUCCAAGGCGAUCAUAAUGCUGUGUAAUAUCACUGAAUGUGGCAAAAAGAAGUGUGAACAAUAUUGGCCAAUGAAUUUGCAAGAUACGAUGAAUUUUGGAAAGCUGAAUAUAAAAAAUACGAAAAUAAUCGAACUCGAGAAGAUAAUCUCGGUAACGAAGCUAGUGGUAACAGAAGCAGAUGAAUCAAGUCAGCUGGAAGUCGAGCAUAUUGCGUGGACAUCGUGGCCUGAUCGUGGUGUACCCGAGAACUAUUUGGCUUGUUAUAGAUUGUUACAGCGUGUUAAGGAUAUGAACUGUAUCAUUGUACAUUGCUCUGCAGGAAUCGGUCGAACAGGUACCAUAGUUAGCUUAGAGAUCGCGAAUCAAAUGUUCGAUCAUGGCGAGAAGGUUUCGAUGCGUGAUAUUGUCAAAGAAAUGCGUUUGCAACGGCACGGUUCAGUGCAAACGGAUAUACAAUACGUUUAUGUACAUCGUUGUAUCAUUGCGUUGAGUGAAAACAAAAAGGUUAUAAAACGAAGCGAAGUGCUUCCGUUUCUGCUGCAAUUUGAUCAACUUGCAAAAGCACGUGGCGGAGCUGGCGCUAAAUGA